UUUGCCACAAAUCCAGAACCUGUUGAAUUGCAAUGAAAAAAUUCCGGUCCAAUACAUAUAAGUUCACAUACCUUCUGCCACAUAAGACUUGUAGAAUUUCAAACCAGUCAAGAACUUAUAUCAGCCCCAAAAAAUCAUUAGAUUGCUUCAAAUGGAGGGAAAUUGUGAAACUGUGUGUGAAAGUACGAGUCGGGAGAAAGUACACCAAAAAAGGAAAUGUGUCAACAGAACAAAGUGCAAGUAUAUGGCAAAAAAAAUGUCAACCAUCAGCCACAUCUUCUCCACAUGUCCCAGAUCCAGAAGAGUCCCAAACAUUACAUGAGGUUAUUAUAAAAAAGGAUGGGUGUAUUAAUGAUCCUUGCAUGGUGACUGUGGCUCAAAAGUUGAUCCAGCCUCCCAGCUAAGCAGCAAAGGAUUUUUUAAAUGUUCAGUGUGUAAACAGAAUGGUUGAGUUAAUAACAUCAUCAUAAUGAAGGAUGUUGCAACAGGUGUAAGCUCAAACACUGAAGUGAAAAAAUAUUUACUGGUUUCAGACUUCUUCAGAAAACAAGUGUCAAAGUAAUCUACAGUAAAACAGAAGCAUACUGGAUACAGAGACAUCAUUGUAGGGUGGAAUAUGUGCUGGCUUACAAAAAAUCUAAAACAUGUGUUAUUUUUCUGCAUUAAGUGCCAAGAAUGUAUUUCCAUAAGCAAAUGAGCAUCAGUCCUGCAACGUGCACUUAACUCUAUGUGAUGCAGCAAUACAAUGCACAGUACAGAUUUUCAUGUAAAAUUCCAUUAAUGCCAAACCUGCAGUUUCCUACCUUUUGUUUCUUAAAAUUGUAUAUUAAGGCCGUGAAUUGCAUAACAUAGUAUAACACAUUACACUUUGCAUUCUAUACAUGAGAUAAUGUGGUUAUAAACUUUUCUGGAUUUAUUUGGUGGAAAGAAAUCUCUGAAUAGGUGAAGUUACUUAUUUGACACUUUUCAUUAGUAUGAUGUAAAUGUAUUAAGACAUUUUAAAAUAAAAAUGGCUAAAUGUAAUAUUACUGUAGCUUAUACAUGUUUUUAAGGAGAAAUGUAAUAUUUCAUACUGCAAGAAGCUGAAAUUCUAAGAUGGGAAACUAGAGCUGCCAAAUUGUUAAUCAUGAGCUCUAAUUGAACAUUUAAUCACUUUCUCUGUCUAAAAUUAUUGCUAUAGCACUCCCUUGUUUAAGCAGCUGUUAUGCACACUCAAACUAAUAUGAAGGACCCUUACCUUAUGACAAGGUUAAUGCCAAUUAAAAUUAUUUGUGUAUGUUAGGUCAAUGAACUUCCUCACAUUUGUUUGAAAUACUGGCAUGUUCUUUAGUGUCUGGUAUAAAUCCAAAGUUGUCAGUCCCAUUCUUGUCUUGUAUUGUCACCUGCAAAGAAUAUUUUAAAAUAAUUAUUAUAAAUCUGAAACUAUUCAUUAUGAAAAACUGUUAACCAUUAAGUACUCAGGUCUGGUCUAUGAGACUGUAGUGGUUUGUCAAACUGUAUCACAUUAUUGUUUCAGCUGAUACCUGAUUGAUUCUGUUUAUGUAAUUAUUUACUGCCUCACAAUAAAAUCACGAAAACUUUAUAGGUG